AUGGACCAAGGUAAUGCUGAGGCAGGAGGCUGCUGGGGAGGUUGUGAAGAGCUGGGCUGCAGUCACCUUCCAGUACCUGUGGGAGGUCCGCGUGGGGACAGACGUACCGUGCCCCCAUUUGCCCAGCAGCCUAAAGUUCAGGAAGGCCUUGAUGGGAUCAGUGGAGUUGGAUGGUCAGCAAGAAGGAGCAAUGGAAGCCCAGGAGAGGUGAGGUUGCCCAGGAAGCAAGAUGUGCGCAUAGACUCAGGUGCUGGCGUUGGAGAGCUUCCCUCAUCCUCCCUGGCAGAGACACCCACACCCUUCCUACGCCGGCCGGACUCCGAGGGAGCCCUCCUGCGACAGGUAGAAGUGGUCUUCCGACGCUGGGAGUUUAUUGUGCGACAGUGGCAGAUGGUUGGGCCAGACAAAUCCAUCUGGGUCUUUAUGGGGGAGGAUAUAGUGUUCUCCUGCUUCCUCUCUCCUGAGACAAAUGCUGAGGCCAUGGAAGUGUGGUUUUUUAAGGAUCACUUCUCUGACAUAGUCCUCUAUCAGUAUGGUAAAGAUAAGAAAUAUAUGCAGAUACCAGCCUAUCAAGGGAGAACAGAGCUGGUGAAGGACUUCAUCAUGGAUGGGCAUGUGUUCCUGAGGCUGCAGAAAGUCACUCCCUCAGAUGCUGGCCUGUAUGGGUGCUGGUUCAGCUCCCAGACUCAUGAGCAGGAGGCCAUCUGGGAACUGCAGGUAACAGAAAUGGGCUCAACUUCUCUCAUUUCCAUCGUGGGAUAUGUUGAUAGAGGCAUCCAGCUACUCUGUCAGUCAUCUGGUUGGUUAUCUCAACUCAUAGUGAAGUGGAAAGACCCAGAAGGAGUUGAACAACCUGCAGACUCCAAAGUGAAUAAAGAUGCCCAUGGUCUGUUUGAUGUGGAGACCUCUCUUGUGGUUCAAGACAAUACCAGGAUCAUAUUAUGUUCCAUCCAACUCAAUGACCAGAGCCCAGAAGUGAAAUCUAGAAUAUUGAUAGGAAAUCCUUGGAUUGGAGAGAGCUUCAGAGACAGGAAGAGGGCAACAGGCUUCCAUCCAAAGAUGGAAGCCAGGAAACAUGCAGUGGACUUGACUCUGGACCCAGACACAGCUCACCCCCAGUUCUACAUUUCAAAUCUGAAAGAGGUAUCCUAUAAGAGUAUUCCUCAGUGCAUUUUCAACUUGGAGAAGAGAUUUUUGAGAAUGUGUGUGGUGACUUCUCAGGGUUUCUGAACAGGGAAACAUUACUGGGAAGUGAUGGCUGGACAUAAUAAAAUGUGGUGCAUGGGAGUGUGCCAGGAUAGUGUGCACAGGAAGGAGCACUAUGUGAAUUUGAAUCUAGUCAGUGGGUACUGGAUUCUUGGACAAGAGAAAGAAAAUUGGUAUUUUGUAAACAAUCCCAAUAGAAUCCAUCUCUCCUUAAGAACCAACCCCACAAGAGUGGGUGUCUUCCUGGACUAUGAGGGUGGGACCCUCUCAUUCUUUAAUAUGGAUGACCAGUCCCUCAUUUAUACUCUGACACAUCGGUUUGAAGGGUUACUGAGGCCCUACAUCCAGCAUAAUCCAAAUGAUGAGGAAAAUGCAACUCCCAUUGUCAUCUGUCCAAUGCCUCAGAGAGAGAAGCCUAUUUUCAAAAUGUCUCCAUAUCUUCUCACAUUUAAAACAGAAGUCUUCACAGACGUGUCUGUUCCCUUCAUCUGUGUCCACCUUUACCAGGAUGGGGAAGACGAGAAAUAUAUGCAGAUGUCAGGCUUUCAAGGGAGAACAGAGUUGGUGAAGGACUUCAUUGUGGAUGGGCAUGUGCUCCUGAGGCUGGAGAAAGUCAUCUCCUCAGAUGCUGGCCUGGUUCAGCUCUCAGACUCACGAGCAGAAGGCCAUCUGGGAACGUCAGGUAACAGGACUUACCAGUGA